ACUUCAUCCUUUUAGUAGUGCUGCCAAACUCCAGAGGAGCUGCAAGAAGAUACCAGCGGUAACGCUUUGCAUUAGACUUAGCUCUUUGUUUGCACUUUCAAGGUUCUCCGUGUACGCUGCACUAAUAAAAUGGAGCACCUGGAAAACUCCACAGCAUCCCCCAAACGCCUCUUCCUGCACACACAGAGCACCGCGGACUCCCAGGCGGACAAAAAUGACGGGAACGCGUACCUGUACAUACUAAUAGUCAUGUCUUUCUACGGGAUCUUCCUCUGUGGUAUAAUGCUGGGCUACUUCCGCUCCAAAAGGAGAGAGAAGAGGAGGGUCAACAUCUUCACGCGCCUGGUGCACGAGGAGGAGCAGCGGGAGUGGGGCGCGCUGCCCAAGAAACACAGCCUCACCUUUCCCGCCGCCGUCUCGGGACUGCGCUCGGUGCAGGUGUCGCUGCCUUUCUGCGGUAACCACGGCAACCACUUUGGACAUCUCCACUAUGAGGGCGCGCUGCCCUCUCCGCUGGCGUGCGCGCUGUGCACGGAGCAGAGCAGCAUCAGUUCCCUGUGCUCCUCCGCGGACACGCGCUUCGCAAUAGAGGAGGAGUCGGACAGCGGCACGGCGGAGGUACCGGAGGGGACCGCGAAGGGAGGAGCCGACAACAGCGGACACGACUCAGGCUGAGCUCCGCCCAGAAGAACUGUGUGUUCGGCCGCAAAGAGGAGGAACAUCACCUGCAGAGGAGACCAGGAGGUUCUCAGGCGUCUUCACAUCACAGAGGCCAAACAGUCCAACCACCAGAAACUUAAAUCAUCUAUUUGCCAUUAAAAUCCUCCUCAAACCAACGUCAUCCAUGAUAUAUAUGGUCCAACAAGACUAUAUGGCCACUGUGAUAUGUGUUAGUCAGUGAAGAGCUGACCGUCUAGAGGGGGCACUGCUGCACAAUGGGUUUUAUCUGAUGUGUUUGGAAUUGAUUUCAAACAUUUUUGCAUGAUCUCUGACAGUAAGAACAUAUUUUGACUCAAUGUUUAAUGGUGAGGUUACCAUUCCCAGUGGCAACAUGAAACCACACACACAAUUGUCUUCAGUUUAAAUACUUUAAAUCUAAAUGACAAGAUUACAUAGUGCAACAUAUGACUAAGUUAUUAUUUAUAUGUCAGCUGUUAGGAUAACCUUUAGAUGGUGGUGUAAUUAUUUCAUUCUACUCUAUUCUAUACAACCUUAUUCAUCAUUGCAAGGGUGGUUGCAUGCAGCAGCUCACCACCCAGGUCAACAUACACACAUUAAAUAGGAGAGGAAAGAAUAAAACUCAGUUAAUAAUAAUAUCCACAUAUAUCUAAAAACACACACAGGUAAUGAAGCUGUGAAAAGGAAUAGAAUAUUAUAUUAAAUGAAACUGGGCUAAACCCAGUGGAAUAAAACACUAUUUACACUUACACUGUAUUAUUCCAUUGUACAACUAUGACUUUGCCUGAUUUGGUGGUGACCCCUCCCUGCUGGAGCCCCCUCCUGACGCCACACUGAGAACCAACCCACUGGUUUGGAGUGAUGACUCACCCUGCAGGGGCCUGAGUGACAGACUGAACUUGACAUGCUCUUGCCAACAUGGUCUCGAGUACUGAAACGCACCUGGAACCCACUUGAAAGAUUGUCUGAACUAUGUGUUUGUUGUAGCUUCACAAUCAACACUGUUCACACACAGUCAGCGAUGUAGGUUUACUUGAUGAAAGCAAUGCACUGUACAUAUUGUUUGUAUUUUUCACUUCAUGAGGCUUGAUUUUAAGAUGGAGUCUUUGUAGUGUUUGAAAAUAAAUUCUUAUAAUUUGAUUUGAGAGGUUUUUU